GAAAAAAAAAGUGCUUAUAAAUAAUGAUACUUGUAGUAGUUUUCUCUCAAAUAUCAUUUUCUUGAGUGAGCCAUGGAAACUUCAAAGCUUCAUGCAGUAAUUCUUUGCAGUCCAGGCAUAGGCCAUUUCAAUCCAAUCCUUGAGCUGACUAACACCCUAAUUCUUCAUCACGGUUUAAAAGUCACUAUUCUCACCGCCACAACUCCACCGGCCUUCCAACUCCUCCAUUCCCCCGAAGAUCUCAACAUCGUUACUCUGCCUCCGGUCGACAUCUCCGGCGUUAUAGACCCAAACGCAACCGCCAUGACCCAGAUUGCUGUCCAAAUGCGUGAGUCCAAGUCCAACAUCCGGUUAGCCCUAUCUAAAAUGGACCGGACCAGGACACUCUUUAUUGCCGACUUAUUCGGGUCGGAAUCAUUUGAUUUAGCGGAUGAGUUCAAAAUGCCUAAAUACGUUUAUGUUCCCUCCACAGCUUGGUUUCUUUCUCUAGCCUCGUAUUGUCAAGUAUUGGAUAAGGAAGUUGAGGGGCAGUUUGGGGACCGGACUGAACCGUUAAGGAUUCCCGGCUGCAAACCCCUCAAACCGGAGGACACGAUCGAACCCAUGCUGGACCGCCAUGAUCAACAAUAUAGGGAGUUAGUGAGGAUGGGAAUUGAAUUUGGUCAGUCCGAUGGGAUUUUGUUGAACACGUGGGAGGAUCUGGAGCAUGAAACGUUGGAGGCUUUAAGAAAGAACGAAGAGUUGACCUCUUUGAUGAAGGCGCCGGUUUAUGCAGUCGGUCCGUUGACAAGGGUUCCGGUCGAGCUGACGGGUGCGAGAGACAGCACGCUGACGUGGCUCGACAAGCAGCCUAGAGAGUCGGUUUUGUAUGUAUCGUUUGGGAGUGGCGGAACAAUGUCGGCCGACCAGGUGACUGAGCUGGCAUGGGGAUUGGAGCUGUCUGGCCGGAGAUUUCUCUGGAAGGUGCGAACUCCGGUGGAUAGUGGUCAUGCAGAUGCAGCGUUUUUCACCGGCGGAAGCGGCGAGGCGGAUACCGCCGAUGUCAUCUUAGGGAAAUUCCUCCCUCAUGGGUUCUUAACAAGAACAUCCAACGUUGGCAUGGUGAUUACACGCUGGGUUCCGCAGGUAGAAAUAUUAAGCCAUCCAUCUAUAGGAGGAUUUAUGUCUCAUUGCGGUUGGAACUCCAUUUUAGAAGGAAUAACCAAAAGCUUGCCGAUGAUCGCGUGGCCAUUAUACGCUGAACAAAGGAUGAACGCGGCAUUUCUAACUGAUGAAGCGGGCGUGGCUGUGCGGUCAAAGGAGUUGUUGGGUUUGAAGACGAGGGAUGAGAUAAAGAACAUGGUGGGAAGUGUAAUGGAGGAAAACAAUCCAAUGAGAAAGAGAGCUAAAGAGAUUCAAGAAAGUGCAAUGAAAGCUAUAGAAGUUGGAGGUUCUUCCCACAAAGCACUAAAUCAAUUUAUUCAGGAUUGCAUGAGCAAACUACAAUGAUUGAACAACCUAGCUAUCUUUGCCCAUUUGAAAAUAUUUAAAUGGACUCAUUCCAAGCUUGUCAACUCCUUCAUUUCGGUAUUUGAUUUCUCUUUUUUUUGUUCUUAAUUGUUCAAUAAAGAAUGUUUUAUUAGGGAAUAAUGUUUUUAUUUAUUUAUCCAAAUAUGGAAUAAGAUGAAAUAAAGUUGUUUAAAGUAA